CUUGAUAAUGGUAAUGGUAAUGAUCAUGGUAAUGGUAAUGAUCAUGGUAAUGGUAAUGAUCAUGGUCAUGGUCAUGGUAAUGAUCAUGGUCAUGGUCAUGGUCAUGAUCGUGGUCAUGAUCAUGGUCAUGGUCAUGGUCAUGGUCAUGGUCAUGGUCAUGGUCAUGGUCAUGGUCAUGGCAAUGGUAAUGGUCAUGGUCAUGGUAAUGGUCAUGGUAAUGAUCAUGGUCAUGGUCAUGGUAAUGAUCAUGAUCAUGGUCAUGGUCAUGGUCAUGGUCAUGGUCAUAGUAAUAUCCAAACCUAUGCAGUCGGAGUGAAUAAUUCCAAACUUAAAUAA